UAAGAACUAAGGACCUCCUCUUGGAGCACUGUGGCAGAAUUUCUUCUUCCCUCCACCCCCCAACCUCAUCCCGGGAAUACCUCAGUUUUCCCAAAAGUGUAAUGGGGGCAGGAAUAAGUGAGCAGGGGAACAGGGGGCAGAAGUGGCUGAUGGAGCUGCUCCUGGGGUCUGGGGGCAGUGGAUGGGAGGGAAAUUUUACUAAGCAGUUUGAGCUCCACACUCCAUAUGAUCUGAUGAGAUGAAAAAGGAGCAUUUCAUUCCAUCCCAGGAAGACAUCCUUUCCCUUGCAGCCACGUUCAACUAGAGAACAUCAUGGCAAGCAUGGCUGCAGUUCUGACCUGGGCUCUGGCCCUCCUCUCAGUGCUUUCAGCCACGGAGGCACGGAAAGGCUUCUGGGACUACUUCAGCCAGAGCAGCGGGGACAAAGGCAAGGUGGAGCAGCAGCAGAAGCUGGCACGAGAGCCCACGAGCCUGAAAGACAGACUUGAGCCAGACCUCAGCGAUAUGGACAAGUUCCUGGAAAAGUUGGGCCCUCUGAACGGGCAGGGGAGGGAGCCUCUCGGGCUCCCACGCGACCCGGUGGGGAUGUGGCAGCAGCUGCAGGAGGAGCUGGAGGAGGUGCGGGCGCGUCUGGAGCCCUACAUGGCGGAGGUGCAUGAGCGCGUGGGCUGGAACCUGGAGGGCCUGCGGCGGCAGCUGCAGCCCUACACGGUGGAGCUGAUGGAGCAGGUGGCCCUGCGCGUGCACGAGCUGCAGCAGCAGUUGCGCGUGGUCGGAGAGGGCACCAAAGCCCAGCUGCUGGGGGGCGUGGACGAGGCGCGGGGCCUGCUGCGGGAGCUGCAGAACCGCGUGGCGCACCACACCGGCCGCGUCAAGGCGCUCUUCCACCCCUACGCCGAGCGCCUGGUGUCCGGCAUCGGGCACCACGUGCAGGAGCUGCACCGCAGCGUGGCGCCGCACGCCAUCGCCAGCCCCGAGCGCCUCAGCCGCUGCGUGCAGAUGCUCUCGCGCAAGCUCACGCUCAAGGCCAAGGCCUUGCACGAGCGCAUCCAGCAGAACCUAGACCAGCUGCGCGAGGAGCUCAGCGCCUUUGCUGGCGCCCGCGCCGACGAUGCGGAGGAAGCAGCUCAACCGGAUCCCCAGGUGCUGUCCCAGGAGGUGCGCCAACGACUCCAGGCUUUCCGCCAUGACACCUUCCGGCAGAUUGCCGCCUUCACUCACGCCAUUGACCGAGAGACCGAGCAGGUCCAACAGCAGCUGGCACCGCCUCCGCCAGGCCACAGUGCCUUUGCCCCGGAGUUCCUCCAAGCCGACAGAGGCAAGGCCCGGGGCGAGCUGCAGGCCCGCCUCGACGAUCUGUGGGAAGACAUCAACUACAGCCUUCGCGACCAUAGUCCGGGCCAUCGGGGAGAGCCCUGAGGGUCUACUUGUCCACGCGCACUCUGGAGAGCCCGCGAUCUGAGCCUCUAACAAGAUGCUAUGUGCGUGUCAGAGGCCAGUCGGGCAGAGGGUGGAGGGUCCUGCACAGGAUAGCUGAGGCCACCCAAAGGGCUGUCAUCCUAGGCUUUGGGGUCUCCUGCAAUUCCCCCAUCCAGAUGCAUUACAUUCACCAGGCUUUGCAAACCCGGCUUCCCGUGCUCAUUUGGGAAUCCUCCUGAGUUGCUCCAUUCUGGGGUCGCGAGAGAGGGCAGAAAAGAGACAUUCUAUGUAGGAGCUCAUGACCUGCAAGCCUGUUGCCAUGGUGCUGGAGGCCUGUGUCUCUUUAUCCCAGGAUCUGGCUCUGAUCAUUUCUGGCCACCUGGUGGCCACUACUACCGCUGGUCCACAGACAGGAGCUCUUUUCUCCCCAGGGCUGUCAUGACAGCUUCUGCUGGAAGAAGAGAAGGGAGAAAGAGAAAAUGAUGAGGGGAACCUGUGAUGGGGUGUGUGUGUAUGUGUGUGUGUGUGUGUGUGUGUGUGUAUCUCUGUUGGCUGAUGCUGGUGGGGCCAAAUGGUCUGGGUUGUGAUGGGAGGGAGCUGAGCAUGGAUUUCCUGACAUAACACUACAUCUAAACAGUCCACUGAGCCCUCCAAACUGUGGGGGCUUCUUAAACUCUCUGGGAAGCCUACUGUGUGCCCUCCCCAUCUCUGGCCCCUCCCUCUUGACUCCCAGAUGGAAGUCUAGACUUCUGACACAAGUGAAAUAGAUGCUUAUUAUGACGGAA